CCUACAAUGUGAGGAAAUAUUAUAUUAUCCAUUACUGUUAAUACGAUUGUUUAUUAUUAUUUUCAGAAAAAGAAUGUUGCGCGCUCACUGAAGCUUCCAUCGAAAUGGGACACGAUCAUAACAUCAAUCAGAGCACGUCAAUACAGGCGUGCCAUCUUUGGCCUUUAUAAUGCCUCGACCGCAUCUCGAAGACAUUUCCACACGGUUGCUUCAAAAAUAGUUCGAUCCGAGGUUCGGCGUCUUCUAGAACAAAAGAAUGAGUUACCUCUGUGUCAGCCAGUGAACAUUUCAACCAUUAGUGAAUUCACAUGGGACAACACUCUCCAAAAUGUAUCGGAAAAGGCACCACUGUUAUACAACGUUGUAGUGGGUUCCGUGACAACAAAAAAAAACAAGGACAAUCUCACAAGAGGCUCAGUUAAUUUGAAACCUCGGAUUGGUACAGUGCUAUCGUCUGUUCUCCAUGUCAAAGCGCCUAAGACAUGUAACUUCCUACAAACAUUAUUAUCAGUGCAGCUGUGGAGGGGACGCUUAAAAAGAGAGACGAUCAAACAGCUCAGUAGGCUUGGGUUGUGUGCCGGUUACGAUGCCACACUUAAUGCCAUUGAUCAAAUCAGGCGCGACUUUGAUUUAGCAGCGUUGAAACUAAAGGAGAAUACAGAGUUCUGUUUAAACAAUCAGUUGCAAGUAGGUGACGCUGAAUGUGCCGACCCAGACUUGUCAUUUGCUCUGUCCGAACACCCCUUGAUAGGUGAGGACGAAAGCUGCAUUCAGUCUGAAAUGGAGUGUGAUGACACUAUUUUGUACUCAGAAAACACAGCGCACGACUUGAGUUUAGAAUAUCAGACUACAGAUGGCCCUAUGGAUGUUGAAAUGGAUGAUGAUGAGGUGGAGGAUGAUGAUGAGGUAGAAGAUGAUGAUGAAGGAGAUGAUGUUGAAAGUGAUGAUGACGAGGAAGAGCAGGAUGAAGAGGAGGAGGAGGAGGGAGAUGACAUUGCUGAUGUUGGUAAAGAUGACGUCGAAGUUUACACAACCGAAGAAUCGGGCGUUGGAAUAGGGGAGGAUGUUGAGAUUGAUGAUAGCAUUGGGGAACAAGAAGCUGAAAAAAAAUCCGGCGGUGAGGAUGGGAAAGAUUUAGACACGUGCAUGGCUCCUGGGUUCACAAUGUGUUGGGACAAUGUUGGGAAAAAGGUGAUAACAAGACGUCCAACCGAAAAAGUCAAAAACAAGUAUGUAAAUAUGGCUCUAGGUUAUAUGGCAAUUAACAGAGUCGGAUCUCCAACUGCCAAGUUCUACGACGACCCGUCUGUGAUAGAAGCACAAGCAAUACCGGUAGAACACUUUUUACCAAACAAAGAAGAUGUUGAACGUCAAGAGUAUCGCAUGCGUGUCAUUGUCGGCAGAAUAGUCACGCGUCAUUUACAAUGGUUUAAAGAAAAUUUCGAGGCGACUUCCCACAUUGUUCACGAUUAUACAUUGCAGUCUACGAGAAAAAGCCUUAUUAUCAACUUGGGUGUCUUUAACGAGGAUCCAUCUUCAACACAGGGUGCAAUUGGUAUUUAUGAAAAGCUGCAGAAGUAUGUUCCGGUUGUUGGAAAUAAACCAUUUACAUCAAUAGUUUACGGCGACGGCCUCAGUUGCGAGCGUGGAAACGAUGCCCACAAGGCCAGAGCAAAUGGACUGGACCCAUCUGAACGACUUGAAGGCCUUGAGCCUGCUGCACAAGAAUUUCAUAAAGAAAUGCUACUGUUGCAAGACUUCUACGAUGAAUUUUUCAAACAGUCUAGUGCAGCCGACAGGGGGACAAUUUGCCAACUUAAAAACCUAUUUAAUUUUCGACAGGUUCGCAGCGAUAUUUCGGAAUGCUUUUCGCAUGCAUGGGAACUCAUGGCGACCAUUGUGGAAGGAUUUGUUUGCUUGCUUUUAAUGGAGCAAUUGAAAAUGAACAGUCCUUCUGAUCGACCGCAAACUGCGCCUGAUGGUAUAGAGACGGCAAAUAACCUUGACAAACAAGAGUACUUUGAUAACAUCACAGCAACAGUUGUAAACGAAGUUUGGCAGACGCUUGACGUUUCUAAACUGACGCGCGAAGAUGUCACAGAAGAGAAUGUCGUUUGUUGUGGUGAGGAAAAUGAUGAAGAAAUGAUCGGUUGCGAAUGUCGCAGCCAGUGUGCACGGGGUGAAUUUUUUCAUUAUGCGUGUGUAGGGGUCGACCCAGACAACAUACCAACACCGUGGUACUGUUCCUCUGAAUGCAAAAACAGACAAAUUGUACCAUACCAGUACUGCGAUUGUCGCAUAGACCUUGGGACACAUGAACCAAUGAUUGGCUGCGCAGCAGAGACAAUGUGCAAAAAGGUAGAAUGGUACCAUAUGCGUUGCCUUGGAAUUGAUCCAAAAAAUCCACCAAAAGGCCGCUGGUUCUGUACGGAUGACUGUCGGAGUAUGAGGGGCAAAAAGGGAAAAGUAGAAAAGAAACGUCAAGACGUUCGUCCAAAUGUCGAUUUCAAGAAGAACUACACCAAAGCUAUACUUUGGUGCGGCCUUAAUUUGUUGUGUCGCAGAGAUGCUGUCAGAGAAGCAGACGGACAAGCAAUGCUGACUUUUUGGAAGUUUGAUCUGGUGCACUUCUUUUGGCACAGACAUCCAAAAUACGUCAUUCUAGCCCAUCGACUUCUAGCGGCUGUCAAUGGAUGGCUACCAGAAAAACUGCGACAUGACCUCAUUCACAACAGAACUGUGAAUUAUGCUGGUGGUGUAGGUCGAAAUCUCCCUAUGGAUUUUAUGAACGAGAUCUUGAACAGACUGUUCAAAGAUUUGCUCGAUGCAGCAAAGGGUCGUUACACGGACCUAACGAUUCAAAGAUGCAGUCAGAUUAUCGGUCCAUUGGGUGAAGCAUUAGAUUCGGUGUUCGAUUCCAAUGUUAUCCAGCACGAAAUAUAUCGACAUCGGUACAGGGACUGUAACCGAGACACAAACGUGAGUAGGAUCAUUGAGUUAUUGCACGAUGAACAUCUGUUCACGAAUGUACCUGCGCGUUACCAUAACGCAUUUCCUGGUUAUGUUUAUAACAUAAACCCAAAGCAACCAGGUGGAUUUGCAGCAAAAAUCAAGCAAUUGUCGCUGCGCCUCGAUAGGCUUAAGAAAGUGGUGAUAGACAGUAAGUAAAAAAAACAAUUGUGAAUAAACUUGCUUGAAAAUAAGUGUGUGCGUAGCUAGUUCUGAUUUCAACGCCCAGGUACGAAAAAGAAUACAUCGGGCUGCAUCUUUGAAUCAGUUGAUUCAAUAUUUCCAAUUAAUAUCUAUGAACCUCGCUCUGUGAAAAUGGGGAUUAAUGCAAAUGCGUAAAGUUUCGUCCCAGAUUAGUCUGUGCAGUCCGCAGAGGCUAAUCAGGGAUGACACUUUCCACUUGUAUGACAUUGUUCGCAGAAAGAAAAUCUCAUCUGAGCAAAACUCCAGUUUAGGUGAAAAAUGUCGUCUCUGAUAAGCCUGUGCGGACUGCACAGGCUAAUCUGGGACGACACUUUACGCACAUGCAUUAAACCCCCUUUUCACAGAGCGAGGCUCAUAUUUGUUAGAUAAUGGUAUAAGUGCUUGGAUUUCAAUAAUUGAAUCUUUUCUACAUACUUAAAGUUUCAUGCGAACAAUUUCCGUUAAUGGGAGAUUUGUAUUGUUGUGUUCACUGUUUGUAGUCUCCCUACAUGCCAGCAUUCAUAAAAUACAAUUCAUAAAUAAGACACAUUUUAAGUGGAAUAGCUGUUUUUGUAAUGCAGUCAUGUAAAAUGUUUGUAUUUGUCUUCUGCGGAAUGUGGCCUUUAUAAAUGGUUAUGGUGCGACUUUGUUACGUAUCGGUGCUUCUGGGGUUUUACACUUUUUUUAAAGCCAUUCGUGUUUUGUUUAAGCGUGUAGAUACAUACGUGCGUGCGUGUGUGCGUGACUUUUUAUCUGUGCGCGCGUGUGUGCGACUCCGUGGGUGCAUGCGUGUGUGUGACUGUGUGUGUUCGUGUAUGUGUGCAAUUGUGGCUGCGUGUGUACGUGUGUGUUUUUUUAAUUGUUUGGUCACAGAUCUCGUGCUUUAUCUGUUCAAUCAAUAUUAAACUUAAACAUUUCGGUUUUUUGUACAAUGUAUUGCUGGUUAAAAUGACUGUAUAAUAUAAAGUUUUAAUGCUUUUAAUACAUAUUUAGAGAUUUGAGUGCAACGGACAAAUAAAUAAAUACUUAUAAAGUGUAUACGUUUAAA